UGACUCCCAAAUCUAAAAGGAAGAGUAUCCACAGUCGAAUGUUAAGGCCCGUAUCCAGAGCUUUUGAGAUGGAGUUUGACCUUGACAAAGCAUUAGAAGAAGUUCCUAUUCAUAUAGAGGACCUACCUUUCCAUUCCGGGAGGUUUGACAAACGGACUUCUGGGUUCAUUUCAGAACUACCUUCGGAGGAAGGGAAAAAGCUAGAGCAUUUUACUAAACUUAGGCCUAAAAGGAAUAAAAAACAACAGCCAACACAAUCUGCCGUGAGUCCUGCAACCUUUCAAGAGGGAGAACAGAAUGGAAUGAUGGGAAGAGUAGAUGAAGGUGUUGAUGAAUUUUUCACCAAGAAAGUGACAAAAAUGGAUUCAAAGUAAGUUAUCU